GCGGGUCGGACCGUGAACAUGUAAGCCAGCCUGUGCACGCGCACUGCUAUCCACCCGCUCCACAAACAUGGACCCCGCCGGGAGAAGAAACACCCACCACCUCUACUUGUGGCUCCGAGGUCUACUUUGGUGGUCGCUGCUGCUCCAACUCACGUCCGGAGCUUCCUUCUACGGCGAUGGCUUUGUGCAGCUCAAGGCGACGGAGUCGUCCGACCAUAACGUCCUCCGCGUUCGCUUCCGGACCUCCAGCACCAGUGGCCUGCUGUUUCUCGCCGCCGGCCAGAGCAGCUACUUCCUACUGGAGCUCCACGCCGGCCGCCUGCAGCUCAAGCUGGACCUUGGAUCUGGGGAACUUGUUUUACAUUCCGAUCGAGCCUCUCAGCUCAACGAUCUGGCCUGGCACUCGGUGGAGGUCCACCAUGCGCAACUCAAUGUGACUUUGACCGUUGACAAAAACUCACACACAAGCGUCAAGCUACCAGGUUCCCAGCACAAGCUCAACAUUGUAGAUGGUCUCUACGUCGGAGGCUCUGGGAGCUUGGACAGACUUUACCUUCCCAGAGACCCAGUUGGCUUUCGAGGCUGCAUGGAUGAGGUGACCUUCAACGAGCAUGACCUGCUGUCCUCACUGAGGCCGUUUACUGGAUUCAAGAAUGUCCAUGAAGUGUCUUUAGGUUGUAGUCCACAGUUUUUUGCUACUGAGGAGGAUCCCAUCAGCUUCUUUAGCUCAAGAGCUUACAUUUCCCUUCCAGCCUGGAACGCCCAGCAGGACGCUGUGUUCGAAUGUGUCAUCCACACAUCAGCCAAAGAGGGAAUCAUACUGUACAGCUCAGCCAGAGAGGGAGAUUUUGUGGCACUAGAAAUUCAGGAAGGGUUACCAGUGGCUAUUGUUGGAAAAGGGGGAACCAAAGCUGAGCUUCGCUCGCUCACUUUCAUCAAUGACAGGAAGUGGCAUUCGCUCAGGUUGCAUUUCAGCUCCAAAAGCCUGGAACUGGCAGUGGAUGGAGAGAUGGUGAAAAGCAGCAUCAGCUCUCGGUCUAAGGGACUUCAACUUAAAGGCUACCUUUUCGUAGGAGGUAUUGAUGAUGGCACCAGAUCAGAAGUCAGGAAAAUGGGUCUUGCCUCUGUCUCUGGAAAGCGUGUCAGAGGAGGUUCCUUCAAAGGAUGCUUGAAGAACAUUGAAGUAAACCGAGUUAAAAUGGGUCUCUCUAAUGCUGUUGUCACCAAAGAUAUCUCAGUUGGUUGUGAGCCAGAGAAAACUCCAGAGCAGUCUACCACCGUCAGUCCAACAAGUGCUCCAGCAUCCCUUUUUCAUUUGGUGACACCAAACCCGUCAUUGUAUAUGUCGACUCUCGCCAGGGGCUUGGACAGAAGGUACGGCUCAGAUUUUGUGCAGUUGAAAAACCUUAUCGUGCCAGAGGGUGGUCGAGCAUCUCUUGAAGCCAAACACAUCAAGGUUCUGUUGGACUUUAAGAAGCUCGGCAUUCGUCAAUCUCAAAUAAUCUUUAGAAUUCAGGAGCAACCAGUCAGAGGUCAGAUAAGACUUGAUGUUGAUCAGGACCAGGAGGAGAACACCUUCAGCAUGUUGGACCUCUGGCACGGUCGAGUUAUGUACAUCCACGGAGGCUCUGAGGAACCGGAUGACUUCUUCAUGUUUUCAGUUUUUACCAGUAGCAGAAGGGAAGUUCCUGAGUAUCUAAAGGACAACAAACUGUAUCGCUACAACAUUAAUGUGACGCCCACCAACGAUGCACCUGAGCUGAGCCUCCCUGAAGGAAAUCUCUUCGUUCUGUUGGAGAACUCAAAGAAACACCUCACCACUGAUGUUCUGAAGGCCACAGACAUUGACAGCAGCAACGACGAUCUCCUCUUCUCUGUGUUGGGGAACCUGAAUGCCGAUGCAGGCUAUUUGGAAAUUGAAAGCAACCCUGGCAAGGCAGUGACUUCGUUUACUUAUGCAGACUUAGAGGAACUGAGGGUGUCCUACGUUCACACGGGGGUUCGAAACUCAAGGAUCGUGCUCCGGGUUAGCGAUGGGGAGAAGGUCAGCAACACUGUGGUUUUAAGAGUGAUGGCUGCUGCACUGGAGUAUAAGAUUGCCAACAACACAGGGCUGGAGAUCAUUCAAGGAGACACGGCUAUAAUUGGUUCAAAGCAGUUGGCCGUGAAAACCAAUGCUGUCAAACAAGUUGUGGACAUCCGAUAUGAUAUAAUUGAGCCCCCGCAGUAUGGGGAACUCCAGAGGCUUCACUCAAGUGGCGAAUGGAGGCCGACUGACUCGUUCCCGCAAAGGCUUUUAGAAAAAGAGCGCCUGAGAUAUGUUAGCACUUUUCAGGAUAUCCAGACCUCGAAUGCCUCCGAUUAUUUUAAGUGCAGAGUUAACGUGGCCGCGAGGGAAACGACUGAAAUCCUCUUCCCAAUCACUGUGAAGUGGGUGAGUUACCACCUCACCAAGAACGACAUGAUAGAGUUGGAUAAAGUUAGAAAAGUCACUCUUAGCUCAGAGAAUCUGCUAGCUACAGCAGAAGGUGCCAUCAUUUCCGACGACGAGCUUUAUUUCCGCGUCCUGACCACGCCGAAGAAAGGGAAGCUCCUGCUCGACGCCACAGUCUUGAAGAAGAACUCAACCUUCAGUCAGAAAGACGUGUCCACUCUCAAGGUGCACUAUGAGCUUGUUGACAGACCUUAUGAAGAUACAACGGACAGGUUCAAAUUUCAGCUGCUAUCCAAGCAUGCCCAGUCACAGUAUUAUGAUUUUCAGUUUUCCAUUAAAGCAGAUGUCAACAGUGUGUUCAUCAAAAAUGAAGGACUUUCCCUUCAGGAGGGGGAAAGUAAAAUUAUCAGCAGAGAGGAGCUAUUUGCAGAGACUUUGAGUACAAAGGACAUGUUUUACACUGUCACUAGCAGCCCCAAACAUGGAAAGCUAGCUCGUAUAAGUCAGUCCAAUUCCAAUGCUAGUUAUGACAACAUUUUGACCUUCAGUAAUCAGGAUAUAUUAGAUCAACGAAUCAUGUACAUCCAUGACGAUAGUGAAACGACUGAGGACGAGUUCUCCUUCAUUGCGUCCACCAGCCAAAGCUUCAAAUCUUUCAUUGAAGAAGAUGAUAUUGGCUCCAAAGCGGGAACGUUCAACAUUUCCAUCCAGCUAGUCAACGAUCAAAAGCCAGUGCGUGUUAUCGAUAAGGUUUUUCACGUUGUGAGGGAUGGACAGAAGUUAGUGACACUGGAAGAUUUGCGUUAUCACGACGCAGAUUCUGAUUUUGACGACGGCCAGUUAAUUUACACUCGACGAGGAAUCCCAAUGGGAGACCUGGUGCUGGUCAAUGACACCACACAUCGAUUGUUCUCCUUCCGACAAAAGGACCUGGAAGAGAAGCGAGUGUUGUUCACACACAAAGGAGUGAGCACCGGCAGGUUUGUGCUCUUUGUCUCGGAUGGAAAGCAUUUUGUAUCGAGCCUUUUAGACAUCAGUGCACACGACCCUUUCUUAAAAGUUGGAAAUAACACCGGCUUGUUGGUUCAGAAAGGACAAUCGGUGACUCUUUCCAGCAGCAAUUUCAGUGUUGUGUCAAAUUUGGAUAUCAGAGAUGACCAGGAGGUUGUUCUCAAGUUGGAGGAGCCUCCCAGAUAUGGAAAUCUUUAUCUUGAUGCGGUCAAAGUGGAGUCGUUCACUCUAUCUGACCUGAAAGCUGGAUUCAUCUCCUAUCGACACGAUGACAGCAAACACCUGGCAGACUUUUUCAACCUAACAGUCAAAGCUAAAGGCGCUCAGUUCACAGACAGAGUCAAUGUGAAGGUUUACCUGGAGAGUCAUCAGAGACCGCCCAUCGUGCAGCAGCUCAGCACGUUACUGGUGGAAGAAGGAAAACCGGCGAAGAUCGAUGAAACUAAAUUAGAGGUCACGCACGAGGACAACCUGCCAUCUGAGAUUGUGUUCACGGUUCAGGUCGCCCCGUCUCACGGCUUUCUCCGGCGUUUUGUCAACGUGGAGGAGCGUUACAUCGGAACCCGGCAGUCUCCUGUCAAGACCUUCACCCAAGGCGACAUUAACGGCGGCAACAUCCAGUACGUGCAGGUGGAGCCCAACCAAGUCAACGACACCUUCGUCCUCGACGCCACCAACGGGGUCACUGACGUCAGCGGCAUUAGGAUGUCCGUGGACGUCAUCCCGCGCCUCAUCCCGCUGCGUGUCUCCGACUUCACGCUGAGCGAAGGCGGCUCCAAGGCGCUGACGGAGGACGUGCUGAGUGUCGCCAACCGGCACUUCGCUGGAAUCAACUUUUUCUAUAACGUGACCGAGCCGCCGCGGCACGGUCGCAUCGAGCACUCCCGUCAUCCCGGUGUUCCCAUAACCACGUUCACCAGGAGGCAGGUGGAGCACGAAUUCAUUUACUACGUCCACGACAGCAGCGAAACCUUAGCUGACAAUUUCACCCUGGUGGCCAAUGACACCGGCCUGAGGAAGCACAGCGCGGCCCAGACGGUGCACAUCCAGAUUACAGCUGUCAACGACGAGCCUCCUGUCGUUACGGCCAACAGGGUCCUCAGGGUCUGGGUGUCCUCUGUGACGGAAAUCAGGGGCCAGGAUCUGAGAGCGCAGGACCUGGACACGCCGCCGGAGGAGCUCCACUUCAUGGUGAUGCCGCCCAGCAACGGACACCUGGCACUGAAGAGCUCGCCCAUGAGGGCAGUGCUCAACUUCACCCAGGCCCACAUAGAGCAGGGCCAGCUGCUGUUUGUCCAUAAAGGAGCCAUGUCUGGAGGAUUCAACUUCCAGGUCAAUGAUGGUGUUAACUUCACUCCCAGACAGAUCUUCAGCAUCACCGCAAAAGCCUUAGUUCUCAGUCUGGAAAGAAAUCAGCCUCUGAAGGUGUUUCCAGGUUCUUCGAGACCAAUCACCAACCAGCAUUUACAAGCAGCGACCAACGAUAUCAGCAACACCUCAAACCGAAUCAUCACAUUCAACGUGAUCCGGCAGCCCAAACUGGGCCGUCUGGUAAUGAGGCAGCCCGACAAUUCAACAGCAGACGUCUCCACGUUCACACAAGAUAUGGUGAACAGGGGAGAGGUUGUGUACAUUCAAACGCCUGUGGAGUCGGUGGGCUGGCAGGCCAUGGACUCCCUGACCUUCUCCAUCACAUCUCCGCCCGCUUCUAUGGACGGUCAGACCUUUAAAAUAGACAUCUCCUACGAGAACACCGGGCCUGAACACAGAACUGUCCUGCUUCAAAACACAGGCGCUGAGGUGACCGAAGGGGACAGCGUCGUCAUUGACGAGUCCAAACUGGACGCCUCCAACCUGAUGUCCAAGCUGCCGACCCCCGAGCGGAGCGCCCACGAAGUCUGGUUCCAGGUGACGUCCCUGCCCCGGCACGGCGUCAUCGUGGUGGGCGAGAGAAACCUCACCAAGGAGAAACCCAACUUUUCCCAGUUCAUCGUCAACAAAUACGGCAUCACCUACAAACACGACGACUCGGAGACGACCCGCGAUUCUUUCACCUUCAGCGCGUGGAUCAACCCGAAGGGCAAGACGGCGCAGCGGCCUGAAGACGACAGUGAUGUCGUUGAGAGUUUCAACAUUACGGUCACGCCUGUGAAUGAUCAGCCGCCUGUGCUUAAAACCAAAGCUCCCAAUUUGAAGGUGGUGCAGGGAGAUACGGUCGCCGUCGGACCCGAGAAUCUCAAAGUGGAGGACUUGGAUAAUGCUCCUGAUGAUAUAACGUUUUCUGUGAUUAGCAAGCCAAGUAAUGGUUAUUUAGCUCUGGAAGGAAGUAUGAAUGAAUCAAUAACCACCUUCACCCAAGCUCAGAUUGAUAACGGAAGUGUUUUCUUCGUCCACGAUGGAAGCUCUGCCUCAGGGGUGUUUUACUUCAGCGUCACAGACGGCCAUCAUAAACCGAUAUACAAACUUUUUAACCUGGAAGUUACAAAAAUCACCAUUUCUCUGGUCAGCCUAACCGAACUGUCGCUACAGCAAGGAACAACUGCUGCAUCCCUGUCGCAGGAAAACCUGUCUGCUGAAACCAACGGGAGAAACAUGACCAUCCACUACCUGAUUACAAGGCCUCCAAACUUCGGGAAACUUCUGAAGGACAACCAGGAGGUUACGCGUUUCAAACAGAGCGACGUGGCGGCUGGAAGGCUGUCCUACCAUAUGAUCUCUCUCUCUUCUGCAGAGGACAACUUUGAGUUCACUGCCUUCACCUCGGAGGCUAAUCUGACCGGCAAAGUCCUCAACAUCACCGUCAGUCCUUUGGUCCAGGUUGGUAAAAACCUGAAGAUUCCCAAUGGUGUCACCGUCAAACUCAACACUGGGUUUCUUAAUGCCUCUGAAUUAGCUAGAAUCAGUGGUAGUGACCCUGUCUUUGAAAUAAUAUCCAAUCCAAAAUAUGGAAAAGUGGUGCAGACAAAAGGGAGAAUGUCCAGAAAAGGCGUUCCUGCAAAGUCCUUCACCUUUCAGGAGGUUGUGCAGGAAAAAGUAGCUCUGGAGCUGAAUGCCAACAUGACGGGAGUUCAGGAGCUGAACGAUUCUCUAGUGUUUGCAUUGAAAGCUGAUAACACCCAGCCUGCGCGAGGGGAGUUCCACUUCACCGUCGUACCAUACGACCCAGGACUUUUUCCAACCACAGAAAGUCCUCCUCUGACCACAUCAUCCGCUCCUCUGACUCCACUCAAGACCACGAAGAAUGGAACGGCCUCCCCAGUCCUGUCUACGGUGGUCCGCUCCACCCAGCAGCCAAGCAAAAACCAGCAAAGAUACAAGGGGCGCAACCGCUGGGGGAACUCCAACAGAACUGGCAUUUUCAGUACGACGCUCGGCAAGCCGGCUCAAACAGAGGAGUUCCCCUUCAGGAACACUCCGGUCCGGGUGGAGUCCUACCCUCAGAAAACGUCCAACCCUCUUCUGGUUAUCCUACCGCUGCUGGCCCUCCUGCUGCUCAUCAUCAUCUUCGUGGUGCUGGUCGUCUACUUGAGACACCACAGGCGAAGGAAACAGAGCACCGCAACGCCGCAGGAUCUGCCCUCCGCCGAUCGUCCGAGCGGUCUGUCGUACCAGGGAGAAACCCAGAGGAGUGCUGCGGUCCCCACGGUCACCGUCACCCCGUUAAACCCCACCUGCCCGGGGAGCCCCGCCUUCGAUCAGCUGCCGACGACAAGCCAGAGCUCACCUUACGACACCAUCGACUCAAAUAUGCUCAUCAGUUCUUGGAGUAAUAAUUCCCCAGCGGCGUCUUCCCAGAUCAUCAGAACUGCCACUCCCACUCUGCGGAAGAACCAGUACUGGGUGUGAACCUCCGCAGACAUGAUGAGACUCUAAUACUGACCGGCUGCAGGGCAUCAUUGUUGUUGUCACAUGUAAUGAUUCACUCCCAGGGACACCAGACACUGAGCCGAGCUGUCUGGCCUCGCUCAGUGUGUAAUUGUUCUGCACAGUCGUGUAGUUCAGUUUCACCGCUCUCACGCCGAUUUCAAGGGACAACAGACAGCAUUUUACAGUGGUGAAUAACCUGCAGAGGAAAGUGAAACAAUUAUAAAAACUACAGAGUGAGUGGAGUACUGAGCCAGAUGUUCAAGGCCGUCCAAUUUAAUUUCCAGUUACAGAGAGGAGCCGUUAUUUAGGGAUGUAAUGUAGACCGUAUUCAGAGAUGUUGAUACAACUCCCCAGAAGUAAAGGCCAAAAAGUGAAGAUACACCUCCAAUGUUUGCAGAAUGAAUGAAGUUUAAGAAAAUCAAGUGAAAGGAGUUCAACACAGUGACAAGGCCAUCAAUUAGUGAUCGAGAGAGAACUCAUUACAAUUUCCUGGCUUCACUGGGACUCUUCGCCAUGCAUCCGUCAGAAUCAGGACCAGCUCCUCUCACAACAUGAUCACUACCACAUUCACAGGGUUUACCGUCAUUACUGUAAAAUAGAAACCAUGUCUGUGCCUCGUCUGUUUAAUCGCCGUCGUUACCUGAUCCCUGUGCAUGUUGAAGUUCCUUCCUGUGAGGGUGGUGAUCAUCAGAGUGGGAGACGACUCCUCUACCACCUCCAUACUGUGAAUCGCUGGCACAGAGAUGUAUUAUCUAAGCAUUUUCGACUGAUUGUGCACAUUUUUAUAUGAUUUCCAUGUGGUACUAUACUAGAGUGGAGCAUUGUUUUUUUGUAAACUCAGGUAUUUGGUUAACAGUCAUGUUACCUUGAUUGGAGGUUGCAUGUUUAUUGCCACAAAAUGAGAUUUGAUAACACUGGACUGAACAUGAUGAAACUGACCGUUUCCCAGCAUGACUCUAUGUUGUUAUAACAAGUUGUGUGUCGAUGUUAGAACCACCGCUUUAUACUGACUUGGUCAAGUUAUGUCAGUUUACAAGAGAGCACUGUUGUUGUUUUUUUAUGUUGGAAUGUGUUACGAUAUGCAGUAUUUUUGAAUUUUAAACAAAAUAUAUACAGUAAAACUACAACACUUUUCAAAAAAAAAAAAAGAAUCUCACCAUCUAAUCAUCACAUAAGAUUGAAACUUGGAUUACUGAAAUUCAUGGGUCAGGAACCAUUUUUAAAAACAUACAAAUAUUUCCAAAACUCAUGAUUGAAU